GAUGGCUGGCAUGAGCCUGUUUCGCAAACUUGGUGCCGGGGCAAAGUUUGAUUUCAAACGUUUUCAAGGUGAUGCGGAACGUUUAAAGGUACUUCGCCCGAAAAUCCAGGCAUCAACGCAAGUGAAAAAAAAGUCUUGGGAUUCUUUCGAACAGUCUGAAGAAAAAUACCAAAAUUCUUCAGAUGAUGAGCUCAGCAAAUCUGGUGACGACAAUGACAAAGUGUCAGACUCAGACCAAAGUAAAUAUGCCAAAAAGCGUAAAACUGAUAGCGACAACGAUAGUGGGAGUUCAGAAGGAGAGGAGGGAGACGAGUUAUCUGAUGAUGGGGAUAGUGAGGAGGAAGUUGAGCUUCAGAUACUCGGCUCCAUCAAGUCUAACAGCACAGAGACAAAGAGGCAUGAGAGGAAGAGGAAGAAGAAGCAGUUAUCCCCCGAGAUUAUAGCACAGUUGAAACAAGAGAAGAUAAAUGGCUUCCGAAGACAACACAGAAUCCAUGCUUAUGGGACUGACAUACCUGAUCCAUUUGCCAAGUUUUCACAGCUUGAGGAAGAAUAUCAUCUCCAUUCUCGAGUAGUGAAGAAUAUUGGAGAGUCUGGCUAUGAUGCACCAACUCCAAUUCAGAUGCAGGCAAUCCCAGUCAUGAUGAUGCGACGCGAGAUCUUGGCAUGUGCCCCAACGGGAUCUGGGAAAACAGCAGCGUUUCUGAUUCCUGUGUUGCAUCACUUGAAGGAGCCAAGGAAUAGAGGUUUCAGGGCCUUGAUAUUGGCACCGACAAGAGAGUUGGCUCAGCAGAUAUAUCGAGAAUGUUGCCGUUUGGCUGAUGGCCGUGGUUUCAGAAUCCAUUACAUCGACAAGGCCAGCAGUGCUAUUAAGAAAUUUGGUCCGAAAUCGGCACAGAAGUUUGAUAUUUUGGUCACAACUCCAAACAGAUUAGUGUAUUUACUCAAACAGGAGCCACCGGUCAUUAACUUGAAAAGUGUCGAAUGGUUAAUUGUUGAUGAAUCGGACAAACUCUUUGAAGAAGGAAAGCAAGGCUUCCGGGAGCAGCUAGCCAUGAUUUAUAAGGCAUGCGAUUCUAAGAAUGUGCGACGUGGCAUGUUCAGCGCCACAUUCGCGCACGAUGUCGAGGAGUGGUGCAAACUUAACUUGGAUAAUGUGGUUUCUGUAUAUAUUGGUGCUAGAAAUGCUGCUACCGACACUGUUGAUCAAGAGUUACUAUUUGUCGGGAGUGAAUCAGGUAAACUUCUGGCGAUCCGUGACAUCAUACGGAAAGGAUUUCAGCCUCCGAUGUUAGUGUUUGUGCAGUCAAAAGAGAGAGCCAAGGAGUUGUUCCAUGAGCUGAUAUAUGAUGGGAUUAAUGUAGAUGUCAUCCAUGCAGAUCGAACACAGUUACAGAGAGAAAACGUGGUGAAAAGUUUCCGUCUUGGGAAGAUCUGGGUGCUGGUGUGUACUGAGCUGAUGGGCCGAGGUAUUGACUUCAAGGGGGUCAACUUGGUGGUGAACUAUGACUUCCCAACAUCAGCUAUCAGUUACAUCCAUAGAAUAGGUCGUACUGGUAGGGCUGGAAGGAAAGGCAAAGCUGUUACCUUCUUCACCGAAGACGAUGGCAUCAACUUACGGAGCAUUGCAAAUGUGAUGAAACAAGCUGGUUGUCCAAUACCUGACUUCAUGCUUAGUGUCAAGAGACCUAACAAGAAAACAAGAAAGGUACUUGCUAACCAUGUUCCAGAGAGAGAGGGUAUUUCAACUGUUACGCAGUACGAUAAGGAAAAAACUCAAAAGAAAAGAGAGGUUCUAAAAAGGAUUGAUGAAAAGAAGAGGAGCAAGAGGGAAAAACGUAAAAGGAGAAAAUCUCAUGCUAGGGAAGCCGGAGGAACGAGUGAUGGGCCAGUGACACUGCUGAGUUCUGCUCAAAAGAGCAAAAAAUCAACAGUGAAAAAGACAAAGAAAACAGUGAAAAGUAGUUGAUACAAGGAAUAAAUGAACAGUCAGAGGAAAUAGCUUGUUGGACUAAUAGCUGGUUCAGCUCAAGUUGAGCUGUGCAAUGAAGGACUCUUUGGAAAGGACUGACAGAUACUGUUAAUGAAUGCUAAGUUGCACUCGCCAAAUUAUGUGGCAUGCGCAGUUUGGGACCUCCUAUUCGUGAAAUAAAUG